AUGGAGGCUGCGGUUCAAGAACACCAACUCAAGACCGGCACCUCCUUUGGACUCUUCCAGCAGGACUAUAGCAACACGGCAACUUUGGCGUCAGAUACUUGGCUCAAAAGAGUCUGGAAAGAGUUGGAGGACUUGGAUAUCUAUGUUGCCCUUGACUCGCCUGUCCUCCCUCUCCGGUGCAAAGGCGAUGCCUUGCUCAUUGAGGUACUCAUGGAGUUGGAAGUGGAUCAGGACGCUCUAAAGUGGCUCAACUGGUGCCGUAUGUUCCUCCAAGUUUGCACCGUCUCCGACAUUGUGACGGCUGAUGGCCUCAGCAUACGAGAGUCCAUGUGGCAUGGGGAACGUGACUACGCUCAUCGGUCGUCAUAUCAAUGGCCUCGCACUGUCCGGCCCAACAAGACCCACUGGAAGGCGUGGCAGGAACACCUUACUCGCGCACUACUUGUCUCUGACGGACCCCAGCGCCUACUGCGUCAUCCUCUGGGCCCAUGGUUCGAUCUUCUUGACAACUGGAACUGGUUAUGGUCUUCUACUCACGGAUUGUUCCACCGCCAGGGCCACGGGUGGCAACACUACCGUCACCGUCGCUCCUCCACACGGAGCAUUCAAUGGGACUAUCCUCAUUCUAUGCAAUUGUCCGGGUGCAAACAACCACAUAACGAGCAUACCGACAACGGCGUCAGCCCUUUGCCAGCCCCCUUUUGGACCCAACCACUCCCUGCUGACUUGUGCCGAGCUACCGUCCACACUACGCCUUUGCUAGGCACUCUUGCCCUUACCGGCAUUGGGACAGCAUCGCUGCAGCCGCAUCACGACUCUCAACCGUCUUUGCUAGCCGCCUGGAUGGCCGCCUCAGCCAGGGUGACCGAGUAUGUUGGCUGGACCCCUGAAGAAAUUGAGAUUGAUGGCGACGAAAGCCUCCUUGCGGCAGCCCUACUCGAAGACCGGCUGUGUGUGAUCAGCGACGGUUCUUACAAGCUCGGUCUGGGCACGGCAGCGGUUCAACUGCUUCCACAUAAGGGUGGCACGGAACGUAUUAUCGUCCAGUGCCAGACUCCAGGUCUAACUGAUGACCAGAGCGCGAUUGCGUGCGAUGGAUUUUUGGUGUUGCUCAACACCUUUGGUGCCAAUCGAGUCACACCGCAACAAGCCCAGUUUGACCUGGUCUCCUCUAUCCGGGAGGCACUUGCCCGCUCUAGGGCCUCGUGGGAACCUAGCCACGUGUACGGUCACCUCGAUACGGCGACAUCCUUUUCGUGCCUCUCUUGGUGGUCUAAACGGAAUGUGGAAGUGGAUGCGUGGGCGGUCGCCUAUUGCCACCAGCUUGAGGCUUCACACCGAUCGAUUGCACCUAACGCUCGUUUCUUUACCGAAUUGGCUGCCCUUUACAUUGGGGACGUCAAACAGUUGCGAUUGAAUCCAGAACAGGUCCAGGAACUGGUGGCGCUGCCUGCUCUACGCAAGCGAUGGCAUGAGCGGCAGAUGAUUACACCGGAGGCAGAGAUGGAGACCGAUUGGACCAGUCUGGCUCGCGCCAUGAGCUCCCUUCCGGCAGGUGUCCAAUGUUGGACCACAAAGCAUGUCGUGGGUAUGUGUGGUGUAGGGAAGUUCAAAGUCCGGUGGGGUUCUGCAGACUCAGCUGCAUGUCCUUGCUGCGGCGAGUUUGAGGACUACCUUCACGUUCCUCGAUGUACGGCGCCCUUGGCUAGUGCGGAAUGGGAUUGCCGGACGGCGUUGUUGGGCCAAUGGCUGGACACUCAAGUCACUGAUCCAGCCAUCAAACACACUCUUCUCUACCUUCUUCAAGGGCUUCGUGAUCCGUCCCUACCUUGCAGUCGAUUGGUUCCGGUUCGUCUUUGCCGAGCUUUCCUCUCUCAACAACGCAUCGGCUACCAAGGUUUAUUGGAAGGCCGGCUGUCUGUUCAGUGGACGCCCCUGCAGGAACAGUACCUUCAGUCACGAGGGAGCCAACGCUCUCCGACCCUGUGGGUCUCUUGCCUGUUGCAUCAGCUGAUCUUGCUUGGAUUUCAUAUGUGGGAACACCGGAACUUGGUGCAACAUUUGGAGGACAACGUACAGCUACGCGAACGUAGCCGAUUGGUGAACGACGGUAUACACUCUCAGUUUGAUAUGGGCCCAACCGACCUCCCUAAGGUAGUUCGACGCAUGCUUGCUGUGAAACGCGGAACUGUGUCGAACAAGCCGUUGGUCGAUAGGGAAGAGUGGCUGAAGCUGGUCAGAAUGGAACGCACGGCCUAUCGCCGCGCUCUGGCGCCCCAACGCCGUAUCCUUCACCGCUUCUUCCAUCCGGCCCAGGCCCCCUGA